AUGCUUAAGUUAUUUUUUGAACUGAAGGAAGGAGUGAAAAUUUUUAUGGAUAUUAAAGGUGUUCCGAUUAUAGAACUGGAAGAUAAAAAGUUUCAAAGUGAUUUAGCAUUUUUAGUAGAUAUAACUAGUCAUUUAAAUAAUUUGAACUUGAAACUACAAAGCUCCAAUCAACUAAUAACUAGUUUACUUUUUCAUAUCAAAAGCCUUCAAUUGAUGCUUCAUUCAUUUGUCACACAAUUGAAAAGAAAGUGCUUCAAACAUUUUCCGAAAUUGAGCGAACAACAUCCCGAAUCAACAAAGGAAUAUUCUGACGAAUAUGAAAGUUUUUUGAAGAAAUUUGAAAUUAGAUUUGAAGAACUACAAGAUAAAAUCGAACUUCGUGUUUUGAAAACACCUUUUGAUAUGUGUCCUGAGGAGGAUCCGGAUUCCUAA